AACGUUAGCCUCACGCAGCUCGGAACCGGAUCUGAAAAACAAACAGAAAUAAUAAUAAUAAUAAGAGAAUAAUAAACAGAAUAAUAAACUGAGAGGAAGACAGGAAGAAUAGCGGAAGAGGAAGAGAGAGGAAAGGUAAAACAGGAAACAGCUGAGAGGAGGAAUGAACCAGCUGGACCGUGUGAUAGACGAGGAGGAAGAGGAAGAGUCACAGUGUUGCCAUGACAACAGUGAUGGGACCAAUAACAACCGCCGCAAGAUGGUGUGUCCUGCUGCAGGAGAACAUCCUCUCCAGUAUAAUUACACGUUCUGGUACAGCAGAAGAACUCCGAGUCGUCCGGCCAGUUCUCAGAGUUACGAACAAAACAUCCGACAGAUCGGAACCGUCGCGUCGGUGGAACAGUUCUGGAGGUUCUACAGUCACCUGGUCCGUCCAGGUGAUCUGAGUGGACACAGUGACUUCCACCUGUUCAAAGAAGGAAUCAAACCCAUGUGGGAGGACGAGUCUAACCGCAGUGGGGGGAAGUGGAUCAUCCGGCUCCGUAAAGGUUUGGCGAGUCGGUUCUGGGAGAACAUCGUUCUAGCGAUGCUCGGAGAACAAUUCAUGGUGGGAGAAGAGAUCUGUGGAGCCGUGGUGUCCAUCCGCUUCCAGGAGGACAUCCUGUCGAUCUGGAACCGGACCUCCAGCGAUCAGACGACGACGUCCAGAAUCAGAGACACUUUGAGACGAGUCCUGAACCUCCCGGCGAACACGAUCAUGGAGUACAAGACGCACAACGACAGCCUCAGGGACAACUCGAGCUUCAGAAACACGAAGAUUUCUCUCUGAAGACGACGACGUGUCAGCUGACUGCUCUCGGCCAAUCACGAUGCAGAUCAUCACACUCUGCUCUGUUAUUGGUGGAGGGGUCAGAGGUCACCCUGCUGUGUCUGUGUG